AGUUUUGUGAAUUAUGUCCGAAGCAAAUUAUAACUUCUGGCUUCAUUCCACCCUCAGCAGAUGGAGUGAGGUCUGAACUCCACAUAUUCCAUCACUCAUGCGCCCUGAAGAAAGACGAAGGGCCGUGCAAGGCAAUAAAGGACAGGUUCUACUUUGACAUUGACACAGGUCGCUGUGAACUCUUUGAAUACGGAGGCUGCCAAGGCAAUGCAAACAAUUUUGAGACCCUGCAGGUGUGUGAGGAAAUGUGUCUUGUGAAAGAGGAUAAGAGUCCAUGCCAUCUGGAGGAUGAGCCGGGGCCGUGUCGAGGACUGGUGCCUCGUUAUUAUUUUGAUUACAAGAGCCAGGAAUGCAAGCGAUUCUUUUAUGGUGGCUGCUUUGGGAAUGCCAACAACUUCAAAACCAUAAAAGAAUGCCAUAAGAGAUGUCUACCUGCCUCAAACCACAUGGAACAAAAUGCUCCAUUAAAGCCAGAGGAAGAAGAAGCCAAACCCAAAACAGAACCUCUCAUCAAGCCUGUUGAAGCUCCUUUGAAUGCAUCACAUUUGCCACUGCAGAGAAUGUCCCAACCAUCUGCACAGGAAGCAGAGUUCAAUCCCCCAGAAUUCUGCUUGAGUCCAGUUGAUAGGGGCGAUUGUGAUGGCUCUGUGAGGAGAUACAUUUACAACCCCAGGACUGAGAGAUGCCAGAUGUUUCGUUACAGUGGCUGUGGAGGCAACAAAAACAACUUUGUCCACAAGAGACACUGCAUGAAAAUGUGCAUGAAAGAUCACAGCCGGAGGAAGCAAAUACGGAUAAAGACGAAGAACUCAAAUAUCUUAUUCCGAUCUGUCUAGGAGGACAUACUGUAUACAGUAUUCUUCAUGAUACCAAAUCCUAAACCACUCUUUAGAGAGGAAA